CGGACUGAAUGGAGGUUUCUAAACCACGGUUAACCUGGCAGUCAAUAUUAUCCCUGCCGUGAAAACGUAGUCAAACAAAACUUAAUGUGCUGUUAAGUCCUGACAAAUGAAGCAUUAUUAUCCCUCACUGUCACUUUAAGAAGCACCGAUGCAGCAGACGCAGUUGCCUCAUUUCAUCUCCGAGCUUCAUGGCUGCAGGAUGGACUCCCAGCAGCAUCAGCAACAUCUUUUCUUCCUGUUGCCACCGGGGACUGUUCAGCGACCAUCAAGUCUGGCGGGAACCGAGGCUUUUCUACGAUGCGCAUCUUCCACCUGCCGAAAUGUCCAGCUGUAAGGGCUCCUAGCGUCCCACUCUAGAGACAGCAGUGGAGAGGUUGCAGGUCCCUUGCACAUCAAUGUCUCUCACUCCGAGUCGAAAGCCCUCCUCAGGUCAGCGCAGGCGCUCAGUGGGCACUGGUGGUGGCAGCGGGCGGUAUUCCCACAGUGAUACAUCCAGUACCCACACCUACCCGGGUCGGGUUAGGGCACCAGAGGGCAGCCCUACAGCCCGGACGUAUCCGAGUACACCAAGGCGUCAGGCAAAACACACAGCGUGCAGCGACAACCAUGGGAUCAGGCCUCCAACCCCGGAGCAGUACCUUACACCUCUGCAACAGAAGGAGGUGUGUAUACGACAUCUGCGAGCCAGACUGAGGGACAAUGUAGAAAGACUACAACACAGAGACUGUGAAAUAGAUGAGUUGAGGACCCAACUGUACAGGAUGCAGGAAGACUGGAUAGAGGAGGAAUGUCAUCGUGUAGAGGCCCAGUUAGCCCUGAAAGAGGCCCGCAAAGAGAUCCAGCACCUUCAUGAGGUGGUUGAGUCGGUGAGGUCCAACCUGAGUGUCCGUGAACAAGACCCCCAUGACCACAAGCCAUACUCAGGGUUGCAGGGAGCUCGGCCAGGGGGGAGGUCUCGCUCCUGUGGCUGUUCCCCAGCUAACACUUUGAGCCGCAGCACCAACUACACCCGACUGAGCAGCGAGGCUCUGCAGCUGGAGCACAGCUCUAAUGUUCCUGAGUCAAGCAGAGCAUCUCGCCCAGCAGGACAAACCCACCUGCUCCUGGAGGCAGCCCUCCUAUCAGAGCAGCUGCCACCACAGGGCCACAUCCGAGGUCCCCCAACUGUGCCACGGUCUUCCACCUAUGAAAGGCUGUACAGUGGGGGGGCGGUGUUGCCAAUCUCACACUCCUGCCACACUCUCAGUAGUAGCUGCAAGUGCAGUGGCCACACCUACCUCCCCCAUCAUCACUUGUUCCUGCAUUUACCUCAAGAGGAGGCCCCACUAACAGCGACAACUGCUGCCGUCCCUGCCACUGAUCCUAUCCCUACUCCUGCAUCAGAGAAGAAGCCAGAGGUCCGCUCCCAGGCCUGCAGUCCAACCAUGACCUGGCUGUGUGAGGAAAGCGGCGUGGAAGAACUGAGUGUCAUUUCUUUUGCCACAGCAGACAUCACUCCCACAGAACCACAUUCAUGUCCAUCGUUUUUACCUCAUGUGUCCCCUCCGAAGCAAUCAUACAGUGUAGAGCUGCUACCGCCCGACAAACCAUUGGAGGUAGCAAAGAUGCCAGUAGAGCCCCACACCUGCCAGCCCCACCCUAUAGCUCCACUUCCAGUGAGGCAGGACGCUACAGUACUGGAGAUAGAAGAGGACAAUGUGGAUGAAUCUGAUGGUACAAAUGAAGACGGGUAUCCCCCUCAGCCCUGCCACUGGAGCCGCUACUUCCUUGUAGAUCUUUUGGCUUUGGCGAUGCCAGUUGUCCCAACCAUGGCAUGGCUGUGUCGAGGGGGGCCACAGGAAGUCUUGCCAGUAUAUCACAUUGGCUCCCUACUGAGAGGUUGCUGUGCUGUGGCCCUCCACUCACUUCGUCGCCGGGGUGCCGGCAGGGGACGGCGGCCUGCCAGCAUUAAUGGAACAACACCAAUCUGAGACUUUCUGCUCCCUCUGCCAUUGACAGGACAACUCCCAACCCCUGCAGGCACAGCAGAUUCACAGCAAUUCUGACUUAAAUACAUUUUGGUUAUUGCCCCGUGUUGGAUAUCUCGUCCUAUAAGAUUUUUAAUUUUACAUAAUGUCCAGAACAGUAAAUAACUUCGCACCUUUAUAGCGAAAGGACAGGUGACUCAAAAGUAGCUGGGCGUCUCACUUUGUAACACCAUUUGCCUGAUGAAAGUCUAGCACCGAAACGUUGUGUCAAUAUAUUUUUUUUUCAAGUUGGACAGUGUGCGGGAGUUUUCUUUGCUAGAUUUUACAUAAUGCCCUUGUGAUUUUGUGAUCUUAGAGAGCCUUAGAUAACAAAGGAUUAGUUGUACAUUAUUGAAUUAUUUUAGUACUCAAAUAUACUGUCCUUGCCGCUUUUGCCUGCAGUUUAAGUGGUUUUCUCUUUAUUAGAAUUUGCAUGUAGCCCACAGUUUGGUUGGGUUCUCUUGCUUGAAGUAAAAAGCCCCUACAUGGAUUUAGAUGAGCAGUCUUCUGUGCAAAGAUAGUGUGUUUAUUUUAUGAAGUAAUUGAAUGAUUGCCCGUUGAAUGCUCUUUUAAUUGUCGCUUAUUUUUAAUUGUUAACAGGAAAUGGGAGAGUCAAGGUCAUGACAUAUUUUUGGCAUCAAAGUCCCACAAAAUCAGAAAAAUGAAGGACAGUCAGUACUUAUCUGACUUGUUCAGAAACAAUAGAUUUACAGAGCACAGUGAGUGCAGGCCAGAAACAGUGGAAGGCAAUCAUUUUUAUACUUAAGUAAUUCCCACCACUGAAAUUACUGAAUAUGGUUCAAAGGUGUCGGAAGAUUUACCUUCUGAAAAAGUACAGCAUGUGGAUCAAAUCUAGUACUCAGGUGCAGAACAGACAGAUCAUUGAUCCUUUGCCAAUAAACAAAACAUGGGAGUUUAAACUGUACAGACAUUAACACUACUUUGUCUUGCUAAAAAGCAGCUACAAUGUAUUAAUGACCUGAAAGUGAAGAAUAAAUCUGUAGUAUACAUCCUAAAUGUACAUAAUGGAGAUAAUGCCAAACUGUAAAUAGAAAGAAAACAUGGCACUGAGCAUGUAACUUUUCAGAAUGGACAGAAUUUAUUGCAGGGUAUCAAUCUGCGUCUGACUUCCACUGUCUGGCCAUGUAUCUAUCGUUACAUAUUUCUAUAAAGGUUAUCGGAGAUAAAGAUUUACCAUACAGUAGAUUGUGAUCCACACAGCUGAAUGAAUGAAAGCCUGGGAUGAUUUUGUGAAGAGAUAACUGUGUUUGAUACAGGGAUAUAUUUUCUAAUUUUACAAGAAACAAAAGAUAUUUGCACAGCAGCAAAGUAACGAUUAACACUUGAAAUGUUAUUCUUUACGUCAGUGUAGGUUGCUUUCAUAGCACUGUAUUGCAAUUUAUAAUAAUGAUGUAUAGCAUGCAUCAUUGUUGUGAAUGCACACCUUACAAGUGGCACUUUUGUGUGUGAAUUGAAAUUGCUCAAUUGUAACUACAAACUAUGAUGUACAGUGUGUAUGGUUACCAAUGUCAGCCUUAUUAUGCAAAAAAAUAGCAAUGUUUUAGCUUUCAGGGAUCUUUCCAAUUAGGUUUCACUGGUUGUUUAAUCAAUUCAGCUUAAGGUAGAAUAGCCGUACAAAUUCAAACUUCAAUGGAAAACAAAAUGUGUAAUUUAUCUGUGGUUGGAACAGCGCAUAUUUCAGUGUUUGAACUCCCAUGUCCUUAGUUUCAAUUUCUUAGACUUUGGUUCCAGAGCAACUACAUUCCCUUCAUGUUCACAAUUCCUCAAUGUUUCUCCAUGUGCUUCUCAUUGCAUAGCCUUGACUCAAAUACAAAAAUACAAAACCACACCUUCCAUCAGCUUGUACUGUACAUGCAAUGAAAUUGUGAUCAAUUGUACUAUUAUUGCACAAGAAACAACAGAAUAUUGCAAAAUACACUGGAUGUUUCCUCUUCUUGGAAAAUAAAUGAUGCUUCUACCUGUUCACUUUUAUUAUUAUAGUGUGCUGUAAUAUAAUUAAAUAACUUGCAAAUUCGUGAGGAUCUAGCCUGUUUUAAGGGAAUACUAAGGUUAAAGAGUGAGGUACAAUCAUCCAAACUGGAGGAAAAUCGCAAGUUUGUGUUAAAAUUACUCUUUUAAUGUGUUUAGAGUAAGAAACAGACCUUUUACAACAUCCACAGCUUGUUACACACAAUUCCUUCAAAUAAAGAUCACAAACCCCAAGAUGUGCCUACAAAUCUUUGUGGUGGAACUUACCAUGCAAGUUUAGAAAUCUUUCACCAAAAAAUUCUCACACAACACCUUCUUUUGGCAAAAAAAAAAAAAAAAAGUU